CUCAAGUCAGUCCAAGUUCAGACUAACUCUUGGUGACGCCUUCUGAUGCAUCACGCUCUCAUUGGCUGAUUUUCGCGGCACCGCCUCCGCUUUCAUCUCAUUGGCUGAGUUAUACAGGGCGUACGUGAGUUUGUGUGAGAGAGAGGCUUCUCCCUUCAAUCUCCUUCCUCUUCGUAGUCCUCCUGAAACUAACUUAAACAAUUAAGUUAAGUUACAAAUUAAAAUUUUGCACACAGCAUUAUCGUGUAGUGCGUGUGCGUUCGUCUGUGAGACCAGCUGACUCUUAGACUCUUUAAGUCGUGUUUCGACUCAGGCUAGUCCUCCUCCUUCCUGCCUCCACUUGCGCUCCUGAUCAAGACAUCUCAUGAACGAAGUCUAAGCCUUCAACCAUGGCGAGCAGUAAGUGCAUGGGAUGCGCCACAGCAGCGAUGACCACCAGGAGACCAUCAGAGAACGGCUGUGGGAGCCUCAAUGAUGUGUCCGGGAGGACACCGAACACGAAGAAUGAAAUGCCUUUGAAGAGGUGAUGGACUGGACUAUAGAGGUUUUGUAUCCUUACCCGAGGUAUGUAAGUAAAGACUUCGGAUAGCAAAAAUGGUUUACAGGAAUAAAAUAUUUUUGUUCAGAAUAACCCUUAUGGCUGCUGCUGUGAUGUUUAUAGCUAAAAGAAAAAGGGAAAAAGGCUGUUUCAGUGUGUUACUGAUCAGCUACCUUGCUUGGAUGACAUAACUCAGGCUCUGUUUAAGUACAGUGUAACUUGAUGAGGGGCCCCACCCGGUGGCUGUAUCCCCUCACUACUCUUAGAUGAGUGAGUUCAUCUCAGAUGGCAGGAAGCCUUGUUCGGUUGUGAGACAUCUGUUGAUGUUUUCUUUUCUUAUGGCUCUAUUGUCUUUGUUGUUGACCUAAAAACGCGCCACAGUGAGGUCCGGGGAUGUGGCAGGCCAUGUGCAGAGGGUGACACACUGUGGUGACUUUUUCUUGUGGUGUUGUUUUAAAGACAAAGUUUAUGUUCCACCACUUCCAGCAAAUAUCCAUGACAUGAAAGAUGGAAGAUCAGCUGCAAUCAACACGGUGGCCCGAGACAUCCUGAGGUGCGUUUGGGAAGAAUUCUCAUAUGGGCUUGAUGUUGUCCGUGCUGCCAGUGGUGGCCACUUUGAGCACGUGUAAAACAUGAAAUGAAAACUUGCAGGGAAGCAGAUGCGUGUGUUGUGGUGCUGCGUGUGACACACGUUUCGUUUGACUUCCUCUCCAUCUGUGCUUUGGGAACCCCAUGUCUCUGUUGAUGCCUUUUUGAGAUCUGCAUUUUUAACAUUUUUCGAUCAUCCGUCUGGCACAGAGUGGGCUCAACCAAGAAUGGCAGCCUCCCCAACUUCCUCCAGUGGUUUUGAGGUCCUCUUUUCCGAUCUACAGAAUGCAACAGAUGUUGAGAGCACCUUGAAUGUCCUCAAUAUCCUGGAUGAGCUUCUGUCAGCAGGUACUGAUCAUCGUAUUGACUACAUGAUCAGAAAAGGUGGGAGCGAGGCAUUGCUGAACGCGCUUGUCACCAAUGGCUGUGGGCUCAGUCCCAACUACAGGAUUCUGUUGCCAAUCCUAUACCUACUGGCCAAAGUUGGACACAAAGACUGCUGUGUAGGUAAAAAGGCUGAGGAGGCUGGAGCUGUCCUGCUGACUCUAAACCUGCUCAAAAACAACAUUCAACAUGCCAGGAGAGCUGCAGCAUGCCUCUUAGUCAUCCGAGUUUUUGCAUCAUCAGUUUCCACGGCAAAUCUGAUUGUGUCAAACCAAGGGCAGGAUGUAAUUUACAAGCUAAUGCCUCGUUAUACCACCAAGAAUCUGCAAACAAUCAAGGCGUCCAUUAAUGCAUUUGCUGCUCUGCUUUGCUCAAAUGCAAACAUCUGCUCAGCGGUAGCCAAAGGUUACAUGGCUAGCCUCUUGCAGCUGUAUGAGGACUGGCACAGCAAGGAUACUACACAUUCUGCCAUGGAGAUCCGCCAUGCACUGUUGCGUUGCCUUCAUAAAAUCACACACAGUGCUCUUGGCAGACGUACUUUUGUGUCACAAGGAGGCCUCAGACUUCUUUAUCAUACAACCCAGACAUGUUUGCUGAAUAAAUGUCUGGAGUCACUGGUGGAGCCCUCUGUUCAGCUGAUGAGGAAGUGCCUGCCAAAGACCCCCCUGCCACUGACAUCAGAUCAGUCAGCAUAUAGCUUCCCCCUGCCUGGAAGACAAUGUGCCGUUUGCGAUGUAGCUGCAGCAACAGAUGGCAGCAGUGGGGAGAUUGAGGAGGAGGAGCAAGAGGAGGAAGGUUGCCAAGAGGCUGCCAGCAUAGACUAUGAUGAUGACUUGGAGACUGACCUGAACAAACUUUGUCUUUGCCCCGACCCAGACAGACCCAAAGAGCUACUGCCACAGUACAGCCGUCUCUGUCCCGAGCUCUUGCAUGACUUCCAGGAGCUGGAUUCGAGUUCAGAGAGAAGUUCACCAUCAUCGUCAUCUUCAUCGGAUGACGACACUGUGCUUUACAAAAAUGUAGCUUUUCACUUCUUUGGGGCCGAAAGACGGCAGAGUGCUGAAGUUCUCUCAAAGACAGAAAAAGGCACACCAAGUCAAACCAAAUCAGCUGCUGCCAUAUUAAAGGCCAAAGAUUUCAACAGUCAUAAUGGCAUCCUAAGCACCAGCUCUGAGGUUGGAGGCAAGGUUAGAGAGAUGAGGGGCGAAGCAAAGUCCGGUCCAACAAAUGAUGACCAGGAUAACAAAGAGGGAAACAACAACUUUUACAAUUGUGCCAUGAUAGACAAGUUAAUUGAAAGACAUGGUGUUUCCAUCCCUUAUCAUAAACCCACCAUGUACCGUGCUGCAGCCAUCAAAACAAAAUCUAUUCCAGGAUUCAACAUCCUGGCUUUCCCUGAUUUUUGGGGUCACAUCCCACCAACAGGAAAUGAAACCAUGGCCCCACGCAAGCCCAGUGUUCAGAGGCAGAAAGUGUUUGAAGACAUCCAACGCUUCUUGAAUACUGAUGACAUGGUCAAUCAAAUUGUCUUUGACCUGGAGGAUGACAGCUCACCUGACAGGCCAGAUUCUUUGAGGUUUUUUUCCAGGUUUGAAUGUGGAAACCUCAGAAAGGCUGUUCAGGUUCGCAGAUAUGAAUAUGACCUCAUUUUAAACGCCGAUGCCAACUGCUGCAAGCACACUCAGUGGUUUUACUUUGAAGUCAGUAACAUGGUGCCUGACGUUCCCUACCGUUUUAAUGUCAUCAACUGUGAGAAAAGCAACAGCCAGUUCAACUAUGGAAUGCAACCAGUGCUUUACUCUGUACGGGAUGCGCUGAAUGGUCAACCCCACUGGCUCAGGUCUGGGACUGAAAUUUGUUAUUUCAGAAACCACUUCUGUCCAGCUCGUGGCAGUCAGAAAACGACAUUUUAUACUCUGACGUUCACCAUCACCUUCAAAUACAAUGAGGAUGUGUGCUACCUGGCCUACCAUUACCCCUACACUUACUCUGCUCUAAGGACUCACCUGAAUUUGCUGCAUCGGUCGAUUGAUCCUGCCAAGGUGUUUUUCCGGCAGCAGAUUCUCUGUGCGACUCUCGCUGGAAACGCCUGUCCAAUAGUCACCAUUACCGCCUGUCCUCCGAGCAAGGGCUAUAAAGAUAUUCACCAGCUACGCAAUCGACCCUUUAUUGUGCUGACAAGUCGUGUACAUCCUGGCGAGUCCAACGCUAGCUGGGUAAUGAAGGGCACCCUAGAGUUUCUGUGCAGUAGUGAUCCAGUAGCCACAGCACUGAGAGAGGCCUUUGUCUUCAAGAUCAUCCCCAUAUUAAACCCAGAUGGAGUCAUUAAUGGAAUGAAUCGUUGUGAUCUGAACAGAGAAGACCUGAAUCGUCAGUGGUGUAAACCAGACCCUGUUCUCUGUCCAACCAUCUACCAUACCAAAGGCUUCCUUUACUACCUCAACAGUAUUGGACGAACUCCCCGAGUCUUCUGUGAUUAUCAUGGCCACUCUCGAAAAAAGAACGUGUUUUUGUAUGGCUGCAGCGUAAAGGAAACUCUCUGGCAGUCGGGUUCUGCUGUUGACACAGCAGGACUGAAAGAGGACCCUGGAUAUCGGACUAUUGCAAAGGCCUUAGAUCGUAUUGCACCAGCCUUUUCUUUCAACAGCUGCAACUAUAUGGUGGAGAAGUCGCGUUCAUCCACAGCCAGAGUUGUUGUUUGGAGGGAAAUGGGCGUGCUGAGAAGUUACACCAUGGAAAGCACUUACAAUGGUUUCGACCAGGGAAUAUACAAGGGUCUGCAGACAGGAAUCGGGGAGCUGCAAGAAAUGGGAAUGAAGUUUUGCCACAGUCUGCUGUCCGUUACUGAAGAUACGAGGGUCCUUUAUGGCAAAGAACUGAUCAACCACGUCAACCUGGACCACAACAUCCUAGACCAUAAAUCACACAACUGUUUUGAAGAUGACGAGCCUCCGUGCGCUGAAGACAUUGAAUAUUCCACAGAGUGUCCUGGUCUUAAAGGCAGUGACAUGGAAUCAGAUAUAAACAGAUGCAUGGCCGGCACUGAUGAGGAGGAGGGUGUUGCUGCCAUUCACAGCAGUUAAGUCCUGUACCUCACACAACACUGAUGUCCACUGAGACUCUAGCUCAACGGUUCUUUUCACACAAACAUGAAUGUUUUCAAAAACUCAUAUUUUCCCCACUCUGGUGUUUAAAAAAAAAAAAUCUGUCUUUAUCCGCCACCAUUCACUGGUUCUCAUGCACAUUUUGGUUCGGUCGGACUGAACAGGCGUUCAAUCUUGGUCAGCUUGCUAGCGGACUGGAGUGCAGAGUGAGGAAAAUGUGGACGCUAACUGCACCAAAGGACCGGCUAUGGUGUGUCACCAAAUGCAACUAAAAUCAGGCAAUGUUUAGCAAAACCCAACAGACAGCUGAGUAAAAAUCACCAAAAUAAUAAAAUGUAUAAAUACAUGACAAUACAGGUGGAAUGUACACCAUACGUGUACCACUGUUUAAGACGCCCACACAUUUUACAUGUUUGUCUUUAUGCUUCACUGGUCAUGUUUUUUUGUCAGGUCGUGAGAUUUCGCACUUUGCUCGGCGGCCCAUGAAUACACCAUAGUUGUGUGCUGUGACACCGUGACUCCGAUUCCAUCUUCUCAUGGAUCAUUAUCAUUCAUUAGUGGUGAGUCCCUAUACAGUUUAGACUUUAUACUUUAAAUGUGUUUAAUAAGUGUGUCAGGCAAAUCUAAAAUGGAUAUUUUUAGACAUAAAAAUAGCUAUUUUUAUCGGUUUAUCAAUUACUCACAGAUUUUCAGAAUACCAGAAUUCACUGGUAGGCGUGGAAGGUAACUCCCGCAAAAAGCAGGGAUAUAUACAUUAUAUAUUUGAAAAAGUUAUACAAGCAUAUGGAACCCAGAAUACAUCAUGUUUUCGUCUCACAGUGUCCCAUACUCGCAUUGAGCUGUGACUUUAUGCAACUGCUUUACUGAGCAUGAUUUUGUCCACCGACAAAUGAGUGUUAAUGCUAACUGUACUGCACACACGAUCUACAUUCCUACCCUCACCUAUGGUCGCCUGUAGUGACCAAAAGGACAAGACGGUGGGUACAAGCGGCCACGGGUGGCUGGGCUCUCCCUUAGACAGAAGGUGAGACUCACUGUCAUCCGGGAGAAACCCGGAGUAGGACCGCUGCUCCUCCGCAUUGAGAGGAGCAAGGCGAGGUGGCCCGGGCAUCUGGUCAGGAUGGGGAGGUGUUCAGGGCAUGUUCGACCCGUAGGAGGCCUCGGGGAAGAUCCAGGACACGUUGGAGAGACUUUGUCUCUCAACUGGCCUGAGAAUGCCUCAGGAGCUGCCGGAGAGAGGGAAGUCUGGGCUUCCUUGCUGAGGCUGUUGUGUCGACAAAAGGCCAAAACGCGGAGAAAAUUAUGAGUUUUAAAAUAUCCAUGUUUAUGUGGACAUACUGUAACCUGGGGUCCUUGGAUCCCAUAUAGUCUUCAUAGGAGGUUAAAAAAAUCAGGAUUGUUAUGAGUGGCCCUAACUUUUUGCAUAAAAUGGAGUAGUUUUUUUUACAUUUACUUACAUAUUGUCAUACUGUGUAUGCAUAUAACAAUAAAAUAUCGAUAAAUAAAGCAGAAUAAACACACUGAAUGCACAGUUGUCUUUGUGUGAAUGUUUCAUAGCUUCCGUGUGAUUCUUAAGUGGGUCCGUGACUCGAAAAAGGUUAAGAAACACUGCUCAAGAUGAAACAAGGAACAGGUGUGCUCAUGUAAAACCCUCUCCAGUGGUCCAAGUGGGUGUGUCUUGCAUGUAUGUGCAUGUAUAGUUAGAAACAUCCAUUUCUUUAUCACCAUCACACACUGUUUUCUCUGCGCAAAAAUCAUUGAUAUUCUCCACAUGCUCCUCUCUCGUCUCCAAGCCUUGCCAGUGUCUGUCCAGCGAGUGGUUAUACAACGACACAUCGCUGCGUCAAUGAAUGAUCACCAAAAAGCAUUUUAAUACACUGCUGGACUUUCUGAGUAGCUGUGGAAAAGCUGUAUUCAUUAGUGGAGCAAUCCCUACAGCCGGCAGAGGAUCUGGCUGCUUGACCAGAAUUCUCAG